AUGGCUGACUACGAUCACAACGCCCACGGCGAGAGGAUGGGGGAGAAGGACGCACACGCACCUGUGGAGAUCGAAGUCGCCAAUGUCAAAGUCGCCCAGGGAUCCGGCGCUUUCCAUGAAGCCCUCCUCAAGGAGCACCCGAGCGUCUUCCACCCGCGUAUCAUGCUCCUCUUCGCCUGCACCCUCGUUGGAUUCUGCUGCCAGACCAUGAACGGCUUCGAUGGUUCCCUGUUUGGCGGUCUCCUGGCGAACAGCAAAUUCCUCGAGUACUUCGAUGGCACCAAUGACGGAAUUUGGGCUGGUCUCGUCAGUGCUAUGUACCAGAUUGGUGGCGUCAGUGCCCUGCCCUUUGUCGGUCCCGCCAUCGACACCUGGGGCCGUCGCGUGGGCAUGUUCAUGGGCGCCUUCAUCGUCAUCAUCGGCACCAUCAUCACCGGCUUGACUCGCCAGAACGCAUCCGUCGAUCAAUUCAUGGCUGGCCGCUUCAUCCUCGGUUUUGGUGUCGCCAUUGCCAGUGCGGCCGGUCCCAUCUACGUCGUCGAAACAUCCCACCCCGCCUACCGCGGUGUCGCCACCGCGUACUGCAAUACCUUUUGGUUCACGGGCUCCAUCUUGUCUGCCGGCUCGGUCCUGGGUGCUCUCAGCCUGCCCGGUACUGCGUCGUGGCAGAUUCCCGUCUGGCUGCAGGCCCUGUUCUCUGGCUUGAUCUGCAUCGGCGCGUUCAUGAUCCCCGAGUCGCCUCGAUGGUGCUACGUCAACAACAAGCGCGACAAGGCCCGCGAAAUCCUCACAAAGUGGCAUGGCUUGGGCAAUGAGCAGUCGCCCUGGGUGCAGCUGCAGCUCUCCGAGUACGAGAGUCAUCUCAAUCUCGAGGGUUCAGACAAGCGUUGGUGGGACUACCGCAAGCUCUUCGACUCGGCGUCCUCUCGCUAUCGAGUCGCUUGCAACUGCGUGUUCGCCAUCUUCGCCCAAUGGGCCGGCAAUGGAGCCUUGACAUACUUCCUCCCCGCCGUCUUGGACACAGUCGGGUACUCGGCAGAUGGUGUCCAGGCUCGCAUCAACCUCGGCUACGCUUGCUUCCAGUUCUGUUUCGCCCUGCUUGGUGCCGCCUUCGUUGACCGCUUUGGCCGCCGUCCCUUGAUGCUCUUCUCCAUGGCAGGCGCCUGCGUCUGCUGGGUUGGCGUCAGUGCGGCUGCCGGUAUCUACAACAACUCGGGUGGUGAUAACUUGGACGCGGCCCGGGCUGUCAUCGCCAUGAUCUUCAUCUUCGGCGCUGUGUACUCCUUUGGUAUCACACCUCUGCAGGCCCUCUACCCUGUCGAGGUUCUCUCUUUCGAGCUGCGUGCCAAGGGCAUGGCCUUCUGCAAUCUUUCGGUCAACGCCUCUGGCUUGCUGAACCAGUUCGCCUGGCCCAUCAGCCUGGAGCAGAUCGGAUGGAAAACGUACUUUGUCUUCCUCGCCUGGUGCGCCGUCCAGACCACCGUCUUCUACUUCUUCUUGCCCGAGACAAAGGGACGCACGCUUGAGGAGCUGGAUGACAUCUUUGCCGCUCCUCGCCCUGUCAAGGCAUCGCUGCAACGCGCCAAGGUUGCCGUGAACAGCGACAACAAAGUCCUGGCUGUGGAGGAGAGCUGA